CGAGUAGUGCAUUGGAAGGGCAGCACCAUGAGGUCUCUCAGCACCAUCGCGCUGUUUGUUGGCCUUCUGGCAUGUUAUGAAGUUGGGACCUCCCAUGCUUUCAGAAAGGGUGGUUUUGGCAGCAGUAUCUUUGGCUCUGACAGUGGACUGGGAGGUGGAUACUCGGGAGGAUUCGGUGGAGGAAGCUUGUUGGGUAGCGGAGGUACCUUCGGCAGUGGCUUCGGCGGUAGCUAUGGCAGCGGCUAUGAUGGCGGGUACAGCGGAAGUGGCCUAGGCGGAUUUGGCGGCGGCUACGGUGCAAAUGGCUUCAGCGGAGGUUACGGAAGUGGAUUAGGUGGAUAUGGGAGCAGAUACGGAGGUAGUGGCUUCGGCGGCGGUGACUACGAUCAGGAAGACGGAUAUAACCAAGGAAGUUUCGGCGGACGCGUACGCCGCCUGUUUGGCGGUAGCUCCAGGAGACGUAGAUUUGGCGGUGGACUAGGCCUCGGAAGUUACGGCAGCGACGAACAGGGAGGUCUGUUUAGUGGUGGCCUCGGCGGUUUGGGCAGCUCUCUCGGGGGUAUGUAUGGCAUAGGUAGCGGCGGUUACUCCAACAGUCGACUAAGGCGCCUGCUGAGGCGCCUGCGAAGGCGAGGAAACCGAGGCUCAUAUGGCGGUAGCUUUGGCUAUGGAGGCUUGGGCAGUGGCUCUUCCUGGAGUUCUGGCUUGGGAGGAGGUCUGGGUGGACUCGGUGGCCGCUACGGAAGCCGAUAUGGCAGCAGCGGACUCGGCGGAGGACUAGGAAGUGGGCUUUUCGGUGGCGGCGGAUUAUUCGGACGCUCGGGAAGCCGUUUGUUUGGACGUGGUCGAUAUGGGGGAGGCUUGUUUGGAGGAGGACUUGGACGAAGCGGAUUUGGAGGAGGACUUGGAAGCAGCGGAUUCGGAGGAGGCUACGGCAGCGGCAGUGGGUGGGGUGGUAGUUUCGGCGAUGGCUGGCAGCAGUGGCACCAGCAAUAA